GUCGGUGUUACAGUGCGAAGUGUUUCAAAUUUGCAUACUAGUAUAGCAGACGGCGCUCGUUCUCGAGACACAAAUUGAAAAGCAUGUCUAGCCUUUAUAGAUCUAUAGUCAUUGAUCUGAAAUUGUUUUAGGGUUAUGGAGUCCACGGAUUAACAGUACAUAUUUUGGUUCGCUGUUUGCGAACCAAAUAUGUUACAUAUGAUAUUAUGCCAUGUCACUUGAUUCCUGAACUACUGGACGUAGUUUAUGUCGCAGAUAAAAAUAACAAGUCCAACUAUUAGAGUAGUACUUCAGUUAGGCCUUGCAAAAACGCGGUAAAACCUUGUACAAAAGGGAUCCUUUACCGGUCAUUUCUAUUGUAUCCUUCAUAUCGACGAGAAACAUUUUGUGAGCUCAUCAUGACUAUGGUGAAUAAAGCAGCAGUGCUGAAAUUUGCAAAAAUAACAGACAAGGCUUAUGCACCUAUGAAAGGAUCAAAAUAUGCUGCUGGAUUUGAUUUAAGAAGUGCAUACGAAUAUGUCGUCCCAGCACGUGGUAAAGAGUUAAUUAAGACUGACUUGCAAGUCGAAGUUCCUGAUGGCACGUACGGAAGAGUCGCACCUCGUUCAGGACUAGCGUGGAAGAAUUACAUUGAUGUAGGUGCCGGCGUUAUCGAUGCUGAUUAUCGCGAAGAAAAUGUGUGGAAGCUCUGUCAGGAUGUAGCCACGAGACACGGAUCGGAAUUACAACAUUGUUACGUUGCCUUCGUGAGCAACGCCUGGCGUAGCGUACCGCUUUGGCGACAACGAGCAGGAAAGGAUGAGGAUAAGCUCGUAGUUUGGGACUUCCAUGUAAUCCUUAUCUACGCACCCGACGAAAGGGCGGUCGUAUACGAUUUAGAUAGCGUGUUGCCGUUUCCCACGCAUUUUUGGAAAUACGCGAUGGAAACGUUCAGAUCGGACGAAGUUGUGCCCCCGAAGCAUCACAGAAGAUUCCGAAUGGUCCCGGCCAGUGUGUACUUGAAAGAGUUCGCGUCUGAUCGGCAUCACAUGAAACGGGAGGAUGGCACAUGGAUAAAGACACCGCCGGAUUAUCCGCCGAUCUCAACACCAACGUGCAAGGAUAACUUGGAUUCGUUUAUUAACAUGGAUCCAGGAACCGGGUUCGGGGUUGUAUUGACUUUAGAGCAAUUAUUCGACCGAUUUCAUAGGCCAAACGCGAACGCAUCUGCUACUCGUACACCUCAGCCUCAAGCAACGCCGACUUAAGUAAACUGCUAAAGCCUUCCGGAGACAAGCCUGGUCUCUGUCGUGUGCUACACGUGUUACGAUCGACCAUAUGUAUAUUCCAAGUUUUCAGUCGUGAUUUUAUAUAUACAAAUACAUAUAUAUAUAUAUAAGUGUUCUCUUGUCUUCGUACCAUACGUUUAUCAUAACGCGUGAAUCUUUGUCACGGCUUCGCUCUAUCGAUGGUAUUUAUCGUUACGAUUAAUUGUGUCAAAGACUGAUGUAUCUACGGACAAUUUCCAAGCUCGACGUGAAAGAAAGAAAAAAAAAAAUACAAUUUUUUUUUCCGAACAAUAUUGAAUCUAAUUAGCUCGCGUUCUUGGCACAGACGCGACUAAUGCGCUUAUUAUGAUUAUUAUUAUUAAUUAUUAUUCUUAUUAUUGUGCAAUUUGAUAUAUACAUAAUAGUAAGGGCAAGAACUUAAUCUUUGCGAGAUAAACGUAAAUGAUUACGAUUAUUGUAAUUCUUGUGAUACUUUACACUUUCUACUUUGAAUACCUACGCUGUACUUGUCUACUGUUUGUACUAAAAAGAAGAAAUGAAAAACAAGAAGAAACAACUGAUUCUUAAUGCGAUCGUGCGUUCGCUUGUUGAUUAUUUAAAUCCAGAUUCGAUUAGGAGUUAAACACCUCCACACGACCAAUUUGUCAACAUCGAAACGAAUUUUGACAACGAACGCUCGAAAUCUCUGAAACUUGAUAUAUUUAACCCUUUCGCUGCGAGAGAUUAAAGAAGUUUGCCAGCCUUAUAGUUAUCAGGAACAGUUGGAUGUCUGUGGAUGCAACAGCAAUGGAAAGGGUUAAGAAACUUUUCGACACAAAUUAUCUUUCUCUUUGAGAGACGCAGAUUGAAUAACUCUACAAAUAGCAUCAGAUUGACGGUAGAUUUUUUAGCGAAUUUGCAUUGUCUCGCUUCGAAAUGAUAAUCAACGAGCGAACGCAAUCGAACUAUCGGUUCCUCGGACUCCCGAAUAGAGUCGCUCGAGGAGAGGAAGAGGAACCGACAAUCAGGAUCGAUAGUUUAAGAAUUCGUCCACUCUUUGCCUUCCAGAAUCUUUCACUAGAUCUCUCUUUGUCUUUAUCAUCGACAUGUGUUUUUUCUCCGAUUCACCUAUAUCAUAUAUUUACUAUAUUUGCAUACGUACUUGUAAGCCAACCGUGUCUGCGACUCGGAGACAGCCGAUCGGGCGUGAUCGGUGGACACGGGACAAGUCUCGUCGCUUUUACACGAACAUCGUACGUGGAAAAACCCGGGACCGAUUUUUUUAGCCUGUAAUACCUUCGAUUACCAGAGAAUAGAAAAGAAAAGAAGAAGAAAAUGGAAAAGUUGAAAAAAAGACCUAAUCUCUUUAUCGUUCAAACUAUUACUAAAUAUAUUAUAUCAGAUGAAAUUAUUAUAUUAUCAAGAAGAUGAUGAUGGUUAUUACAUAUAUAUUGUAUACAUACAUAUAUUUAUCAAUAUUCUCAUAUUUAUUAUAUUGAUAUAUAUUUAAUUAUAUUGUAUCAAUUUCGAUACGCCGAUAAGAGGAGGUUUGGUCAGAAACGUUUGCGUUCGAACGACACGUUCUCUUAUCGUUUUCAUUCUGCGAUAUAUCAUAUUGUACGAUUUGAACGAUUCUCGCAUGUUCACGAGGAGAAUUGAGAAGAAAACGAAAAACGAGGAACGACGAUACCUCUUCGUCUUUCGAGUCUACGAUAAGUUACAAACGAACGGAACAAUCCGUUCGUCUCAGCUUGAAAUUUUAUCAAUGUACUUUUUCAAAUCUUUAUAAACCGCGACCAUCUACGCUCCAUGGUCCUGUCUCCUCUUCCUUGGUCGGGUGCCAUGUCUCAAAACGAAGAACGAAUGCUUCCAAAUGGUAAUCGAAGUUCAAUUAUCAGUGAAACGAUUUCACUGGCUUUGUUGUUUAUUUUUAUUUAUUUUUUUUUUUUAAUAUUCUUUCUCGACAUUUUUGUCCUUCGAUAAACUGUCCCUUUUCUUAUUUUCAGCGCCAUCGAUUUUUUCUACUCUCUGUUCGACGUGUUUCACUUUAACGAAGAUAACUUGAUGUUUGUUGAUAACGAUACAAGGGUUUUCAAGUUUUUGCUCAUUAUGCGCACAGUAUUUUCCGGCGUACGUUCGAUGAUCCGGUUAGAACACUGUUGAGAUAUUGUACCUUUAGGGCAUCGGAGAAUUUUCAAGGAGAAAGCGACGACGCGCAUGGAUUUUCAAAUGUAUAUUGUAUUCAAUUUGCAAAAAUAUAUAAUGUAUAAUUACAGAAGA